AUGGCUCGCGCUUUAAGCAAAGUCCACAAGCAGAUCUCCAAGAAGAGGAACGGAAAGAUAAACAAUCUUCAUGAGAACAGUCGUUCUGCCCAACGGUUACGCGCAGCAGGUGCCCGGGAGGACAAACUGACCAGGAUGAUGGACGCUGCCGUGAAGCAGAACCAGGUCUAUGUCGACAGAAUCGCGUGGUUCAAAUCAGCGUUGGAGGGUUCUGUUGGUGCCGUGAGUGAUGAGGAACUACACUUAUUGACCCAGAGCUUCAUUGACCGCGAGGAUGAACAACUGGCGGAGGCUCAACAACAGCGAAGACCAGGACGUCCGCCUUCAAAGCUUGAAGAACAGAUCAAGCUGAGAAAGGACUCUGAGGAACGUGAAUUUCGUGGCGGUCUCUGGGUUCCCGAACUUCGGGCGGAGGAAAGCCGCUCAAAGCUCGAAAGGUGGAAUGGAGACUGGAAUGGACUCAACACGCUGAAAUUUGUCCGUGUUGUCAAGAACGGGGAAAUCAAGCCUUCCAGCUUUCCGCCAAAAGGACUGUCUUGA